GUCUGGAGGUCUUGGUGGAUGCGGAGCGCCGCUCGGCACUGACGGCGCUCCAGGAGCUUGGGGCUUGCCCGAGGUCGCUUGGAGGUGGUGUCGAGUCUUCAGCCGCGAGCCUUGUCGUGCGCUGGGACGACGGCGAGGGGCCCGUGGCGGUGAACUUGGCUUCCAUCGUGUCCCUCGCUGCUCUUGGCGAGGAGCGAAGCCCCCAGGGCACCGCCCGCGUGCGUUUGCACCUGCCAGCUGUCCGCGAAG